AUGAGUGUUUACACCGUACAGGAUGUGUACCAUACACCGGAGGUAACGGUGGCUGAAGAAUCUACCAUAGGUCUUUCUGAUGUUGAUGCACACACCAUCAAGCCCGAAUACGCUCUCUUCAAGACAAUCCUCGAGACUAAAAUCGACAAACGACGUCUGAUAACAGAUGAAGCCAGAGUAUACGCAUAUGGAACAGAUGCUUCGUUCUAUCGUCUCAAUCCACAGAUCGUUGUACUUAGUAAAAGUGAGGAUGAGGUUUCAUUUGUGCUGCGUGAAGCCCUAAAGUAUAAUCUGCCAGUCACCUUCCGCGCGUCUGGUACCAGUCUAUCGGGACAA